AUGUCACCGACUCUCACACAUCUUGCAGAGUUCAGGCUGCCUGACUACCCCGCUGCAUCUCUAACUCUGAACGGCAAAUCCCUCAGCAUCUACGAUGAAAAUUCUUCCCUCACAAACCAAGAGCAGGAACCCUCAGCAGUGCCAACCGGCAUCGCCACGAUUCUGUAUCGAUGGAGCCCCGCAGCUCUCGCUGCCUUCCUGGACACAGAUGCCUGGUUCAGCUUAACGUGGACGGUCGCACUGCCAGAAAACAAGGCGUGCGGCGAGUCUGCGAAACAGCUGGAGAUUGGACGCGUAGGGAACCAGGUCACGUUCGGCACGCUGGAUGCCAGCGGCGACAACUUCGAGAUCAUGUGCACCUUCAACAUUGCUCUUGCGUCUGAGACUGCAGCUGGAGUGGAGAGGAGAAGGGGAGAAUGGGUUCCUAACGUUAGAGAGAGUAUGCUGGGCGAGGCGGAUAUGAAGAGCGGGGAAGAGGUGGAAGAGGUUGGUGCUCGAUGGGUCGGAGAUGUGCUUGCGAAUAAGAGAUGGGACGCGGCGAAGGGCGUGAAGCACAGUUUCCAUGUCGAGUAUGCGCCAAUGGAUAUUUUUGGCGAUGGCAUACCAAUGAGUCCGCAUUGGCUCUACAACGCUCUCGACCUCAGCAAAUGCACGACAUGUAACACCGAGGGAUCUGCAGCAAAGCCGCUGAACCGUUGCGGACGGUGUGGUACGGCCGCAUACUGCUCGAGCGUGUGCCAGAAAGAAGACUGGAGGGUGCACAAGUGGGUUUGCACAAUGAGCAUGGAGGAUCGGGGCCAGGCCAUCAAGAUUUCCGAGAAAAGCGGGCUGUACAAAUGGGAUACCGCAAGGACGAUGGCUGCAAAGGGAGAAGAGGUGGCGAGCGAUAAUCCGUUCUUCGAAACUGUACAAUCGAGACGGACGAGAGAGGAAUGA